UCUUUCGUAAUAAUUUGUUUUCUAAUAUCAAAUUUUAAAACAUACACAGCAGAACGAAAAUCAAUUGUCAUCCUUGAAAAUUGGCUAUGUGUAAAAAAAUGUGGAAACAAUCUUUGAUGACAUCAGAUUAAUAAUUUGAAAUUCUGAAAAUUCAUAUAAAACAAUAAAAUUUUUAAACGACAACGAAAUCAAAUUGUUAUAAUCAUCAUUUUCAAUAUUUUUAAGGACAAUUUGAGUUGAAAAUAAAAAUAAAAUUUAAUCGAAUUCAAUUAUACAUAAAGACUUUGGACCAGAUUUCGUUUGUGAUUCAUGUCAUAAAUGUAUUGAGAAUGGGCCAUCAGAAAUGAAAUCCAGCCUAUUUUCUUCGAAAUUCAUCAUAUAUCAUUGAUCAUCAGGUUCAUCAUCAUCAUCAUCAAUGAUCCCGACCAACGGUUGUCGUCGUUUGACAUAAAAAAAAUGUAACAUGCAUCGCCAUCAUUAUCAGUAAUUUUUAGCCAUACGUGCACAUCAUUUAAUUUGAUUCGAUUGCUACAACAACGACUACGAUUUGAUGACAAAUGACGUACGCCUUGGACCAGAUUAAUCUCCUGCACUCUCCAUAGCGAUAAAUUCAUAGUGAUCAUCAUCAAUAUUUAAAACGUCGAGGAUUUCCCUUCAAUGAUUCCAUUAUAUACUUUCAUAACAAAUUUGUUGCCGAAUCCGAGCGACGUAUGUGAAGAAGAAGAUUGUAAAAACGAAAAUAAAAAAAAACUCAUCAAACUGGUGUUCAUAUAAAUGUUGGCUAGAUAUAUUAUUUUCAUUGGAAAUCGAUUAUUAUCAUCAAAUCAUUUAAUGUCUGUUGUUGUAUUGUGCCUGUUGUGGUCAUCAUCAUCCUCAUCAUUAUCGACACGAAUGAAAAUGUCAACAAUUACUUGACCAUAUUGAUAAUAUUGAAUAUCGUAAAGAAAAACUGAAUAGAAGGAAAUCUGAAUUCAGAAUUGAUUUAAGAAUUGGAAAAAUUUUUCUAAAUUCUCAAUUUCAUAUGUCGGAAGCUAUAUAUUGCUUGCAUUAAGAUAAUCAAAUUUGCGGAUAAUUUUUCUAACAUAACAUACAAUUUUUGUGAUUUGAAUCUAUUAUUAUCGAAAAUCAUCAUCGAUGAAUAGGAAUACCGUUAAAUCAUCAAUCAACGCUAUGAUUCGAUCAUCAAUUGGUUGGAAAUUUAUUCUAUUCAACUGUUUGAUGGCCACUAUUUCGAAUGGUCAACCAAUUUCGGAUGUAACAUCAUCUUUUUAUUCUGAUACUGUAUUAACAACAACAACAAUCGAUCCAAACGAUGAAACAAAUGAACGAAUCAAAUGUGAAACAGAUGAUGAUUGUCUUCAUGAUGCCAUCAUUGUUGGUUAUCAUUUGGAUAUGAAAGUUAUUUGUGAUUCAGAUCUUAAAAUCUGUAUCAUUGGUUUCGUCACCGAUGAUGGUAGCCAAAAUAUUAAUAAUAAUGGAACAACUGCAACUAAUUUUAAUUCAAUUUCAUCUUCUUCAUGGAUGAAUACUGAUGAUGAUAACCAGGAUUCAACACCGACAACAUUAACAUCUUUUUCGGUGAUAACGACAAAAAAAUCAUCUGAUGAUACAAUACAGAAUGAAUUGGAUGAGGUACCAUAUUUUGUUUGGAUAUUAUUGACCAUACCAUUCAUGGCAAUCACAAUUGUUGGUGUUCUAUGUGCAAAACGUUUACAAUCAAAAGCUCAAGAUAUUGAAAAUAAUCUAAGAGAAUCGCCAAUAAAUGGUGUACCAGUAGAAGAACUAUUAACACAACGAGAAAUAUUGAAUACAAUAGCGGCAUCAUUGAAACCACCACCAUCAUAUGAAAAAGCAACGGGCAUAAUACCCCCUUCUUAUGAAACAGUAUUACAAAUGCUUCAGGAACGACAUCCAUCAUUGUUUUCAACAUUACAAUCAUCAUCAUCAUCAUCGCCAUUAUCGAUAAUGAUGAUGAUGAUGGAGGAUAAUGGAAAAGAUUCGUAUCAUCAAACAAUCGAUUCGUUAUCAUCGACAAAUUCUGAUUGAAAAAAAAAAAAUUUCAAACAAAAUUUAAAUGC